AUGCCGGCGCUUUAUGCGGUGCUGUUCCCACCGGGUGUCGCUGUUUCACCUCGCUAUCGCCAGCGCCUGCUCGGGCUGCUUCCACAUUUCGCGGAGUGCUCGGUUCAUGCAGAACAUGACAAAGAUUAUGAGAGUAAUGGGCCCCAUCAUGAUCGAAGUUGUGUUUACAACCAGAGCAACAUAGUAGAUGGAGUUUACUGUCUCCCAAUAGCACAUUGGAUUGAAGUCUCUGGACAUACUGAUGAGAUGAAACAUACAACUGACUUCUAUUUUAAUAUUGCAGGACAUCAGGCUAUCCAUUACUCCAGAAUUCUGCCAAACAUCUGGCUGGGAAGUUGUCCUCGGCAGCUGGAGCAUGUGACCGUCAAGCUGAAGCAUGAGCUGGGUGUUACGGCUGUGAUGAACUUCCAGACUGAAUGGGACAUUGUUCAGAAUUCCUGGGGCUGCAACCGCUACCCUGAACCUAUGAGCCCCGAAAUCCUCAUGAAACUGUAUAAAGAGGAAGGUCUGGCCUAUGUCUGGAUGCCAACCCCGGACAUGAGCACUGAAG